UUAUGCAACAUCCUAUUUUCCUCUCCGGCCCAAACGCGAGGUGAGUCUCUUCAGUCAGAGGUCAUACCUUUUGCUAAAGGCCUACGGGCCAUUGCGCGUUUAUGACGUGCUAUUAAAAACGAUUGGUAGCUGAUGGUAAUCGAGGCGAGCGUUAUUUCAGUCGAGGAGUCGAUUGUCGUGAAGGACAGAGGAGAUCGUCGCCGGAGCGGACUUGGCCAUGGAGUCGUCGAGAGGGGCCAUUUUGGCUCUUUUUCUGCUGGUGACAUUUGCAUCAUCCAGUGCCAAAGUUGAUGAGGAGAACCCGGAGUUCUGGAGGUCGCAGGCGCGGAGGACGCUGCAGUCCACUUUGGACAGGAAGCUCAACACCAAUGUGGCCAAGAACAUCCUGUUCUUCCUGGGAGACGGCAUGGGAAUCACAACCUUCACAGCGGCUCGUAUCCUCAAGGGACAGCUGCAGAACCAGACAGGAGAGGAGACAGUGAUGACCAUGGACACUUUCCCCAAUGUGGGAUUGGUUAAGACCUACAGUGUGGACUUCCAGAUCCCAGACAGUGCAGCCACGGCCACAGCAUAUCUGUGUGGAGUGAAAACCAACCUGAACACCAUCGGAGUGAACGCCGCGGCACGCAACGGAGUCUGCAAGACUCAGAAGGGCAACGAGGUCACGUCCAUUCUGAAGUGGGCCAAAGACGCAGGCAAGUCUGUUGGCAUUGUCACAACCACACGGGUGCAACAUGCCACACCGGCAACCAGCUAUGCCCACAGCGCCAGCAGGAAGUGGUACAGUGACGCCGACAUGCCCGAUGGUGCCAAGAAGGACGGCUGCACCGACAUCGCCUCUCAGCUCCUGAAAAACACGGACAUAGACGUGAUCAUUGGCGGCGGCAGGAAGUACAUGACCCCCAGGGGCACCAAGGACCCAGAGUAUCCCAGGGAUUACUCCUCCAGGGGCAAGAGAAAAGACGGACGCAAUCUCAUCAACGAGUGGCAGAUGUUAAAGACUGGAAAGGUAGCCCACUACGUGUGGAAUAAAACCGAUUUUGAUGCCGUUGACCCUGAAACCACAGACUACCUCAUGGCUCUCUUUGAACCGGGCGACCUGCGCUUCGAGGCAGAGAGAGACCCGAGCACGGACCCGUCCCUCAUGGAGACCACAGAAAAGGCCAUCCGCAUCCUCCAGAAGAACCCGAAAGGCUUCUUCCUGCUGGUGGAGGGUGGGCGUAUCGACCAGGCUCACCACGCUGGCAGGGGCUACAUGGCCCUCCAUGAGACGGUUGCCCUGGACUACGCCGUCGCCAAGGGCCUCGAACUCACCAGAGAGGAGGAAACGCUCACUAUUGUGAUGGCUGACCACUCCCACCCGCUCACCUUCAAUGGAUACCCAUUUCGAGGACAAAGCAUUCUGGGUAAAUCCCCGCUGUGGGCCACAGACAUGCUGCCUUACACCACGCUGAUGUACGGCAACGGACCUGGACACAAACUCGCCAACGGCACGCGCCCUGAUAUUCGCAAAGUCAACACCAAAUCCAAAGACUACGUCCAGCUGUCUGCGGUGCCCACACAGUCGGCCACCCACAGCGGAGAGGACGUGGCAGUACUCGCCCGCGGACCCAUGGCCCACCUCUUCCAGGGCGUCCAGGAGCAGAACUACGUAGCCCACGCCAUGGCCUACGCCGCCUGUGUGGGCGCUGACCUGAGGCACUGCCAGGGGCAGACUGCGGUCCACACCACCACACCCGAGGAGAACAUCUGGAACGGGGCUCAUCGCUCGGCGGCUCUGCUCGGUGUCCUCCUCAGUGCGCUGCUGGCACAUGCACUGCUGAUGUGAGGUGCUUUGACAUGGUGAAUCGUAUUGAUCUCAUUCCACUGGCCAGAGGUCAGGGACGAGAAGGAGUGGGCAGGGAUUCAGAGACUUUGCUCAAGGGCACGUGGCAGCUGUGUGCCACUGUGGGUAGUUAAUCAAGGACCCCCCCCCCCCCCCCGCCUGUUUCCUAAAGGUUGAAAGGAAUCAUUAUAAUUCUAGACUGUUUGAAUAACAACCCAUUGAAUGUAAAUUUGUCUUGUUUCUACUUCUGCAGUUUUAGAAUAUUUGUGUCAUACCAAUAAAGCUGUCCUUGAAUAGGGAGCUGGUUUGUCACUUAAUUAAUAUUAAUAUCAAACAAUCUGCAGUGCUAACUUGGGUUCCAGGCAGAUGGGCUUGAUGCCACGACCACAGCCAUCCAUUAAUAAAGAUCACCUAUAUUUGUAUCGUUGGGCGACAGAUUGUGGUAAUUAUUUUGGACACCUACUGGGGUUUGGAGUUCAUGGAGGCUGAUUUUGACUCUCCUUGUGCUCCGGUGGCCAGACGUCAUCAGUUUGCUUUCAGAUGAGGGGCCUGCUCCCCCCCUCUCACACACACACACACACACACACACACACACACACACACACACACACACACACACA